CUUGACUGCCGCCUUCUCACCUGCAACGACACUCUUACUCACUCUCAUCCCAAAUGGCACCCUACGAAGACUGGAACAAACUACAAGAUGAGGACGACGAUGAGCUACAGGACUUCUCCCAAUUCGACACGAAACGAGACGUGAUCCUGUUCUGCAUCGACUGCUCCGAGUCGAUGCUUGCGCUCUAUCCCGACCCGACCCGGAAUGACGCGCCCACCUGCCACGUCUAUACCGCACUCGACAUCGCAUUGCAGCUCGAGAAGCGCAAGAUCAUUGUGGGGCCCAACGACGCUGUGGGCAUCCUGUUGUUUAACACGACUCGCAAACCCGACGAGGCUAGCGGCAUCCAGGGCUCCGAGAUCAAGGCGAAUUGCUACCUGGCGCAGCCUAUCGGAACACUCAGUGUGGAGAGAAUACAUGAUCUGAUACAGCUCCUCGAAGGCUUCCGUGAAAAUCCGGUGCAGCUUAAGGAAACUUACCCUCCGCUCACGGACGGCAGGAAAGUUCCGAUGGGUGACGUUUUCACCAGUUGCAACUGGGUCAUUCGAGAUGGCGCUCCGAAGACAGCUUCGAAGCGAGUGUUCUUGAUCACCGAUGAGGACGACCCACAUACGGGGAAGGGGAGAGAACAACUCACCAACUCAGCCAGGAACACUUUGAUUGACUUGACGCAAUCGGGUGCCAAUGUGGAACCCUUCUUCAUCAGCAGCAAGGAGAAGCCUUUCGACUUGUCUAAGUUCUACUCGUCCGUGUUGAUGCCCGAUAGUCUGGUUGACGAGGAGGAAAUGGAUCCUGACAAUCCGACCAUCCUCCCGGAAUCCAUCUCAAUAUGUCGAGCCGAGGAACUUCUAGAUCAGAUGCGCGUUCACGAAAUUCCCAAGCGCUCUCAGUUCAGCAUCCCCUUCCAAAUAGCCCAAGGCUUUGUUAUCGGCGUCAAGGGCUACGGCUUGGUUACCGAGCAGAAGAAGGGGCAGUACAAGUACUUUGUGGACCUGGGUGACCGCAUGGAGGUGGCCAUUUCCCGCACGCAAUAUGUGGACCAGGCACUGGAGAACGAGAUUGACAAAGUGAAGAUCGUUUAUGGCGGCGACGUCGGUGGCGACGAGGCGACGAAGACGGUGAAAGCAGGUCAACGGCCAUUCUACAGUGCAGAAGACAUCCAGUCAUUCCGAACGCUGGGUUUGGAGCCUGGCAUGAAGCUGCUCGGAUUCAAGGAUCGCAGCGAGCUUAGGUUCGAGGACAACAUCAAGCAUUCCCUCUUCAUUCAACCAGACGAGAUGGCUUAUUCUGGUAGCAAAAGGACGUUCAAUGCCAUGCUCAAGUCUAUGAUCAAGAAGAACAAGAUUGGGCUGGUGCUGUCUCUGACCAGGCGGAAUUCAUCCCCUACCUUCUGCGCCUUGCUACCCCAGGCAGAAAGCAAGGAGGACGAAGAAUGGAAGGAUCCUGCUGGCUUUCAUUUGAUCCCACUACCUUUCGCAGACGAUAUUCGCGAGGCACCGGUCGAUACCGCAGAGUGGCAUGCUUCUGAAGAUGCACAAAACGCAGCUCGGGCGUGGAUCGACAAAUUGACAGUGAAAAAUGGUGGAUACCCUCCUGACUCUUAUCCGAAUCCCGCCUUGGCGUUCCAUAACGCCCAGCUGCAAGCCGUGGCAUUGCAUGAAGACUUUGAUCCGGACACGUUCGAGAAUCUGACGAAUCCCAAUCAUGACAUGAUACAUAAGGAUGAUGCUGGCGACGCCGAGAUCCGAGCACGACAUGCCGAGGGAACGCUGAUGAAGCUCAGGGUAGAUGACCUGAAGAAUUUCCUCAAGAGCAAGGCGCUGGCUUCUUCCGGGAAGAAGGCGGAUUUGAUAGAGCGCGUGGAAGGUUAUCUUUCGUCGAAUUAAAGAGCCGAGUCAGGGGUGGGGCUGCUCACGGUAGGCGCUGCGGUAAAUCAUGACGUGCAUUUGCAUAGCGAAGUCGAGUCUGUAAGCACCUACUUAUGACCCACGAUGCACCUCUCAGCACCACCACAUGUCGGUCUCUUCG